CCCAUCCAUGCCCAUGCAGCUCGCUCCGACGGCCGGCCGCGGCGGGACAGGUCAUGGUGGUGGCGGUAAGGGUAAUAAUGGGCUGGUCAUUGCAAUCUCCCCCCGAGCAAUGAAGUGUUGGGGUGGAGUGUUUGUUUUGUGGAGUUGACGUGGCGGAGUGGCGGAAAGCCUCUCUCCUCUUUGCUGCGCCUAGUCGACGCAGGGGUACGUGCUGCCUCGGCAGAUCUGCCGCAUCAUCCAUGGCAUCAACCAACCACCAUCGCCUGAUUACUUCCAAUCUCUCUUACGAGGUGAUGAUCCUAUUGUCAUGAUGCGCAUGCUCCAGCCGGCGGCAUGAAUGACUUCGCCAACCUGCAGAAAGGCCUGGCUGGCGGCAAGAGGGCUCUCUACGAGGACAAGAACACCGAAGAGGGAGGCCAUGAUCCGCUGGCAGACAAUCUGCGAGGGAGCCGCCGUGUGUCCAAGAGCAGGAGCUAUGCAUCGUCGGAUGCGAAGGGAGGCCUCGGCACCACAGCCACCAGCAGCUCUCUUUCGUCACCCAUCGGCCCUCACCGCCCCUCCCACUCCCAUGAGAAACACACACAGCUGCCUGCCAACACUGCAACCCCGGCUGUGAGCACACCAGCCGGUGUGGGGCAAGCGAUUCUUAGUGGACGGAGGGGCGAUUACGGUCUGGAAGGGAUGCACAUGCAGAUGCUGCCCACCCUGGCAGACCCUGUCAAGGUGCGGACACACACGUGUGUGCACACAUCAACACACGUACACACGCACCCCACAUGAAGGGAUUGAAUUGGCUGUGGAUGUGGAUGUGUGUGGGUGUGUGCACAGGCGACUCUAGUUGAUGAGGAGGACUCUCCCGCCAUGUACCAUGACCUUCUUGGCCUUUCAGAGUGGCGGCACGGAAAGGUGGGUGGUGCCUGCAGAUGAGAUGCGAAGAUGCUGGAUGGAUGGAUGGAUGGGUGGACAUUAUUGACUGUGGUUGUGUGGUUGCUGUGUGUGCAGUUUGAUUUGCGUGAGAUCAAGUGUCUGAUGCGUCAGCUGCUGGAGGGGCUGCAGCACUGCCACCAGCACCACAUCAUACACAGAGAUAUCACAAGUACUCACUCGCGCCUCCCCUGCCCCCUCGACACACGUGCAGUGCAGAAGCGGCUGUGCUGUGCUCUGGUGUGUUGUGCAGCUUCCAACUUGCUGCUGACGAAGCAAGGCGAGCUCCAAUUGGGCGAUUUCGGUCUUGCCAGGUGAGCGAACGGCCUGGUCCAUGCAUUCAUUCGUUGUGCAUCUUUGUACUCAUCAGGCUGCGUGUCAAGUCGUCCCAGCAGGGGCACUCCACCAACCGAAAACACACUGUGGUACAGACCGCCGGAGCUGCUGCUUGGUUCGGUCAAUUACGGCACCGCUGUCGACAUAUGGUCCGCGGGGUGGGUGGAUACACACCCGGCAUACACACACAUGGACAGAUGGGCAGAAUGCGCGCACGGACCUGUGAGUGUUCUUGCCCUUGUUUCAAGGUGCGUUUUGGCUGAGCUGAUGACAGGGAAGCCUCUCUUCAACGGCGAGAGCGACAAGCACAUGCUCGAUAUGAUAUUCAGGGUGAGGCUGACCGAUCGACCGAUCGACCGCACUGCCGUGCGUCGGUGGGCUGGUUUGGUGGGUGUAUGUUUCAUGUGUGAAUGAGAUGCCAAUACAUUGAUUCAUUGUGCAAUUGUGCGGGAGUCCUGACAGCAUGACAUGGAGCGAGGCGGUGCGGCUGCCCGAGUGGGAGAAACACAGGCCGGAGAGGCACUUUCCACGCACCAUACGCAACAGAUUCAGAGGGUAAGGACCCAGAGAGUGGGGGAGAGGGACUCUGGACAGCACCAGGCACAUCAGACGCAAAUGUGUGCGUGUGUGUAUGGUUUGUGUUUGAUCAUGCAGCUUGGAUGAGACUGGCGUCGAUCUGCUGGACAAGAUGCUCACACUCGACCCAGGCAAGACACAGACACAUACACACAUACACACACACAGACAAACACACACUCCCGUAGACACAUGGACAAAGAGAGCGCUGCUUUCCUUUCCGACUCGUCGGUUCCUUCAGAGUGUCGCGUCACGGCGAGUGCAGCUCUGGAGCACCCCUUCUUCACCCACAGCACCCCGCUGCCCUGCCAGCCCAGCGACAUCAAGCUUCCCGAGCCGCCCCGCAUUCCCUCUGACCCGUCCCAGCCACUGCCGCCACUACCUGUGCACAUGUCUGCGCCGCACCACCAUGAGGAGGAGGACAGCAUCGUCCCUCCCAUCCACCCCGACGAGGCCAUGCAGAUGGUGUCUGAGGUCGCGGAGCAGGCAGAUGGGUCGCUUUCCCGGCCUGAUGGCGGGUGGAGGGAGGAGGUCGGUGCCGGCCUCAAGCAAGGCAUGCCCCAUCACAGAGUCUUCUGCGUGCGCAUGCGGAGCGAUCACUGCGCAGUAUCCGCUCCCUGGUGUCCGCCGUAUAGACACGGGGUAAGGAAGCACACAAAACAUCCGCACAAUUGGUCAUGGCUGCUCUGCAUGUGCCUCCCUCCGUGCAGCCCCUCUGUGUGUAUUUGGCCGACGGGCGUGAGGCCGGCGACCCCUCCGCACCGACAUCGGUAUCCCCAGAGGAGAAGAGACACAUCGAGACGGCCGUCCUCGCGACGAUGAAGCAGGCGUGCGAGGAGGGGCACCCCGACGAGACGGGCAGCCGCAGAGUGAACCUAGGCACAAUCGUGGAGAAGGUGAUGGACGAGCUGAUGGACCGCGGAGUGGUCGUCGGCGGUCACCCCAGGACCAUCAUCAUGCUGUCAGCCGAGAAACUGCUUCUCUCUGACGUGUCGUAUGACGGAUCCGCCAGCGUGGUGUCUUGCAAGUGGGGCGCUUUAGCAGGGGGACUGACGCGGGAGGUGCCAGGGGAACUGACCCUGCGGUUCUACUUCGUCAGAUGGAACCCCUUCAGCAGCACCACCGACAGCAGCGCGUCUUUUGUGUCGGCGGACGCGCCAACGACCAUCAACACCAUAGCCCUUACCCCACCCCCCUCCCCGCCCCCUCCCAUAGCCCACUCGUCGGUGCAGAAGGCCACAGAGAGGCGCGACAAGCGGCGGCCAGAGGAGCCCAGCCGGCAGUCUACCAGGCUGCUAGACACAGAUUUCCCCCAGCAGCAGGGCAAGGCAUCUUCCCCACUCGGCAGCUCGUCGCCAUUCCUCUUGUCGGCCAAUCUCCGCAGCGCCAUCGGCACGCCCGGCGGGCCAACUCGGUCGGCGGACACCAAGGGGACGGCUCGCGGGCGGAUGCACAACGACGAUGGGUCGGACGGUGAGGACGGGGGUGAUGCCCACAAGCGGCACUCACGGCCCAAGAAGGGUGAUUCCCGCGAUGCGACGCCCGAUCUGGUGGAGAGGCGGCAGGAUGAGACUCUCAAGCGGAUGGACCCGAACAGAAAGAAGAUGAAGGCCAUGCUGCGGGCGAUGCGGGAGAUGUGCGCCCACGAUCAGCUGGUGGCAGAAGAUCAGCGCAAGGCCGUGCAGUUCAAAGAGGAGGACCUCCAGCUCCUCUCCCAGCUGCCGACUCCCUGCUUCCCCGACCUCUCCCUCAUGGACGGGCUGCUCUUCCGCCACGCCCUGCAGGCGUGUGUGGUGCACGGUGCUGCCGGGUCGCUCGAGGCGCUGCUGAGGGAGACGCUCGUGAAGCCGACCGAGAAGGACAAGAAGAGGCUGGCUGUGGGUGAGGUGCGGGCCAUGAAGGACGGGAAGGUGCUCCAGUGGAGUGACCUGUCGUUGGGUACUCUCGAUCCAUCGUGCCCGUACCGUGACGAGCCCCUCAGCCCGGUCACUGAAGGUACGCAGACGGACAGAAGGACGGACGGACAGACAGACAGACAGAUGGAAGGCCCGACACUUAGUGCACGCUGGUGCUGAUCCUGCCUGUGUGUUCAGACUAUGUGCCGUCCCCCCUAGUCGUGCAGGCGGUCGUGGCCAAGGCGCCCAUCCAUAUCAUGCGGGUACGUCCUGAGCCUGUCGCGCUGGCUGCGUGUAAGGAUACCUCCGUGUGUCUGUGUUAUGCAGACGCUGCUGGCGUACAACGCCGAUGUGAAUGCACGAGGGCAUGCCGGCCAGAGAAAGAUGACUGACUGCAAGAUCAGCUACAACACAUCCGCCGUCGGCAAGCGGCCAGGGAAGAUAUUGCUGAAGCACAGCCUCAUUGCAUUGCCUUCCGUGUGUGUGCAGGUGCGGCUGCAUUGUGGCACCGUCCUGAUCUCCUUCGUUUCCUCCUCCGUGAGGCAGGUGCCGACCCGUCCGUCCCGGCAAUCGCGACGUUUGAGAGCGAACACGGUAGGUACCACAGCCCCCACCUCUCGACAAAUGACCUCAUGCAUCCCUGUUCGUGUCCCCUCUAGCGUUGUCAGGCCCCCCCAUCAUUGCUCCUCGUGACUUGCUUCAGCUGGUGUGCUUUGGCCCGCCGCCCAUAGCGGCCGUGGGUGCGCAGCCGUUGGAGGUGCGACAGCAGCAGGCCCUGGCCACCAUCGAGGUGCUCGAUGCGGAGGGGCUGAUCAAGCACGGCGGGAGCGGCAGCGGCAUCUUCGACAUCAACUCCAGGGACUAA